UUUCAGAUAAUUUGAUGCCAAACGCGGUAGCUCUAUUAUCACCUCCCUUCCCCAUCUACCACCAACAAAUAUCGAUUCACACACGCACAAACCCUAUCGAAGGUGCAAACCCAAACCAACAACCCAACCCUACUCCUCUUUUCCGAUCCGAUCCUUUCCGAGGUUGUUUUCUCUCACCCUCUGAUCCUCUCUCUUAACAUAUUUCUCAAUCAAAGUUUCGAUCUUUUAAUUUUGUGUAAAUCUCUUGGAAGAGAAUCCCCCUACCCAUUUUUGCGUCUUCUAGUUGAAAAUAUUUAGAAUCGGUAGAGUUCUCCGCGUUGAUUUUUUCCCUAGUUCCUCGAUCUAUUGUGUCCGUAAAAGUUCAAAAUGAGUCGUGCCCAGGAUGCAAACCGAUCAUUCUUCCCUUUUGGAAAUCCUUUUAGGAUGAUAUCCCCUAAAGGCUCUAAAAUUUCUCAUCAGCUUUUGUUAGUAUUACAAGCUUUCGAAGCAACUUUGGAAGAGAGGCUGACAAGGCUUAUUCCCGAGAGCAAGGAUGAGAUCCUUAGUUUGUCUUGGAUGACUUUGGCGAUGCGGUUACUCUGCGAGAGUCACAGUGACAUUAAAACCCUCACAACAGAGCUUGAGCUUCCUGUUAAUGAUUGGGAUGCGAAAUGGAUAGAUGUGUACUUUGACAUUAGCAUGAAGUUGCUGGAUAUAUGCAAUGCAUUCAGCUCUGAAUUAUCACGAAUGAGUCAGGGUCAACUUUUACUUCAGUGUGCGUUGCACAGUUUAGGUUCCUCCUCUUCAGAGCAGUAUGAUCGGGCAUGUUCUUCAUUUGAUGGUUGGAAGCAGCAUAUUAGUUCAGGAAACCCUAGGAUUGAGAAAUGUGGAAGCAUUUUGGAUGGUCUUCUGGGGUCACUCGAUCUUCCUAAGGUUAAAAAGUCUGCAAAAGGAAAGGUUUUGGUGCAAGCUAUGUAUGGAGUCAAGGUUCUCACAGUAUUUGUAUGCAGUGUGUUUGCUGCAGCCUUUUCAGGGUCUACAAAGAAUAUGUUGGACUUGGACGUGGCCGAUGUAUAUUCUUGGGCUCCGACCUUUAAAAGGUUGCAAAAUCUUGUAAAUGAGGAAAUUAGAGUUAGGUUUUCGUGUGGAAGAUUUGCUGUGUUGAAUGAGUUGGAAUCUGUUGAUUCCUCUUUAAAGGAAUUGUAUCCUAUUAUCCGGGGUGUUGUAGAUCCCACUGAGAUGAAAUUGCUUCCGGAGAUUGUUGGGCAAUUAGGUAGAUCAUCGGGGAAUCUUUCGCAGGGACUAGAUCUUCUUGCAAAGGAAGUUGAUAGCUUUUUCCAAGUGGUUUUGACCGGUCGUGAUGCCUUGCUAUCAAAUCUGAGGUCGGGUGCUACUGUCAUUCACAGCAACGUCGGUGUAACGGAAAUGCAGAGAUAGUCAAUUGAACGUGUUGCAAACUAACUCUGGUACACACAGAUGGAUCUAGGUUUUUGGUUUUCUGUUUUAUGACUGACGAUGCUCAAUCAUGCCUAGCUUAUUGUAUGGAUGUUAGAAUGAUUAGUAGAUUAUGUGCCUGUGUUAUUGUUCUGAAAUGUAUAUUUGUGAUGUAAUGUGUAAUGUUAAAUACUGAAAUAUAUAUAAAGUUACUUCUGCUCA